AUGAGGAGAUUGCUUGUGUUGGCUCUGUUCUGUCUGGGAUGGAUAAACCUGACGGAGGCUCAGUUUCCCCGGGUCUGCUGUACCGUUGAGGGAAUCGUGUCUAAAGAGUGUUGUCCCGCGCUGGGAUCCGAGCCGGAGAACCGAUGUGGAGUUCUGUCGGGUCGGGGAAACUGCAGUGACGUUCGCAUCGACUCCAGACCGUGGGGAGGACCGUACCGACUGAGGAACGUGGACGACCGGGAGAAGUGGCCAACCAAGUUCUUCAACCGGACCUGCCGAUGCUUUGGGAACUUCGCUGGCUAUAACUGUGGCGAGUGUAAGUUCGGCUGGACCGGGUCGGACUGUGAACAGCGUAAAGCUCCGGUUGUGAGGAAGGACAUUCUCUCUCUGAGCGCCGACGAGCUCCAGGAGUUCCUCAGUGUUCUGGACCGGGCCAAAAGCACCGUUCACCCGGAGUACGUGAUCGCCACUCAGCACUGGCUGGGUCUGCUGGGACCCAACGGCACCGAGCCCCAGUUCACCAACAUCUCCAUAUACGACCUGUUCGUCUGGCAGCACUACUACUCCGUGAGGGACACACUGCUAGGUCCAGGACGUCCUUUCAAAGCCAUCGACUUUUCCCACAAGGGUCCGGCGUUUAUCACCUGGCACCGAUUCCAUCUGCUCAGCCUGGAGAGAGAACUACAGAAGCUCACGGGGAACGAGAACUUCGCUGUGCCGUACUGGAGGUUUGCGACGGGUCGUCAGGAGUGUGACGUGUGCACAGACGCUCUGCUGGGAGGACCACACCCCGGGGACCCGUCCCGGAUCAGCCCCGGAUCACGCUUCUCACGCUGGCCCGUGGUGUGCGACAGUCUGGAUGAGUAUAACCGUCUGGUGACCCUGUGCAACGGCACUAGCGAGGGGACACUACGCAGGGGACUCACACAGGGCACAAAUGUGACUCUCCCAACCAUGAGUGACGUCAGAAGCUGCCUGAACCUGCGAGAGUUCGACAGCCCACCGUACUUCACCAACUCCAGCUUCAGCUUCAGGAACGCUCUGGAGGGAUUCGACCGGCCUGAUGGUGAACUGGACUCUUCAGUCUCGAACCUUCAUAACCUCGUGCAUCAGUUCCUCAGCGGGACCAGCGCUCAGUCCCACUCCGCUGCCAACGACCCCAUAUUCCUGGUGCUGCACUCCUUCACCGACGCCAUCUUCGAGGAGUGGAUGCGGCGCUCCCGGGAGAACGGCAGCUUCCCGGAUGAGAUGGCCCCGAUCGGACACAACCGGCACUACAACAUGGUUCCCUUCUUCCCGCCCGUGACCAACGAGGAGAUCUACGUGGCGGCUGAACAGCUGGGGUAUUCCUACGCCAUUGACCUCGAAGACACAGACAGUGGAUCUGCAGUGAUCGUGUUGGGUUGUUCACUGGGAGGAAUCUUCCUCGGGCUUCUUCUUCUGCUUCUGUACGUCCAGCGAAGGAGAAAACGCCAGUUCCAGCCGCUCCUCAACGCAGAGUUCAGCAACACUAAAUACACUGAGGAGGCUUAACACACACACACACACACACACACGUUC